CACUGUCAACAAUCACAGCCGUCACAGAAGGGCACAGUACUGUGUUUGUCAAGAAUAUGUCUGCCUGAUUCUUAGUUUAUUUUAUUCUAGAUCUUCAUCUUCUCUUUUCUCUACAAUAAUAUAUUUCGUUGAUAAGUCAGGAACGAAGACCUCUAUUACCUGUGCAUUUUGGUUUUAUAUAAAUGGCAGUUGGCUUUGAAAUGUAAUGGGGUGUUUACACAGCAAAAAGGAAACUUCAGAUUUGCAUCCCAAUGUGUUUCGCGUUGUAAAUAUUGACGAAAAUGGUGCCGAUUUGUGCUCCGGUCAGUUGGAGAUUACAGAGUCUGAUAUAAUAUUGUAUAGAGAAGGCAGAGACUCUACUGUGUGGCCUUUGCAUUCAUUGAGAAGAUAUGGAUUUGAAGGGGACAUAUUCAGCUUUGAAUCAGGUAGAAGAUGUGAGACUGGGGAAGGCAUAUAUGCAUUUAGAUGUCGAAGAGCAUCUUUAUUAUUUCGCACACUACAGCAACAAAUUCAAUUACGAAAUGUGAUCCAUGAUUCUGUACCAUAUCCUGUAUCAAGAUUAACUCCAUCUCCUCAAGGCAGGCAAACAUUGCAGGCAAGUGUAGUUCAUCGUUCUUCUAUAGAUAAUGGCCAACCUGAUAAUACUCGACCUGUGAUGAACAAUAAUUUACCGAGCAUUAUAUCUAAUGCACAAGUUGCACGAAAUGUCUCUCAGUCUCCAAGAUCACCAUCCAGUGCAGAUAUUUUGGAAGUGAUGCCUCUGUAUCCACGAUCUCAAUCCAGUACAAAUCAAGUCACCAAUGUCUAUCAAUUAAGAGAUUUUAAGAGGGAACCCAAUAACAAUCAGGGUGAAAGUGCACUGGAGAACCGUGCCCCAGAUAAUAGGCAUGUUUACUCAAAUGAUAUCAAUAGAGAUUUAGCAAUUCUGCGCAAUACUCUGCGUCAAGAAACUGCUUUGAACACAAUGAGAGACAUUGAAGAUGAAACCAGAUUCCUUGAAAGUAGAUACAUGAAUGAUAAUAGUUCCAACAAACAGAUUAACAGUCCUCUCUCACCAACAUUGAGUAACUCUAGUGAGCAUUAUGCACAAUUAAGUUUGGAACAACAACAACAACAGCAGCAACAACAGUACCAACAACAGCAGCUGCUACUAUUGCAGCAGGAAUCUGCCAGGCUCUAUAUGAACAUUGUUCCCAAUGAUUCUAAUCUACCAGAUAUCAGUAAGAAUGAUACUGUUCCUACAACUCCAUUGACACCUAAACAAGUGGAAUAUUGCAAUCUAACGGUAGGGAAUAAACCAGAGAUAUUAAAUACAUAUGCAAACUUAUCUCUAGGUGAUUUGGGUGAAAAUGCGAAAAAUGCCAAACAAAUAUUAAGCUUCUCUGCACCAAGUGAACACAACCAAAAAUUUUCUGAGUCUGAUACAUUCACAUCCAUGUCACCAGUGGAGGAACUGGAAGUUAACUACGCGAUAUUGGAUAUUGAUUCCAAUAAGGAAAUAGUUAAGAUGACGCGAGAUUUAACUUCACCUGAGAGCCAGUCCUUCAGCAGUUCAAAAAAUGAAAGUGUUGCUUCAUGUUCAUCACAGCCUCGUGGUCGUCUCAUUUCACAGUGCAGUGUAGAAAAAGUGAAUCUUACCAACAACUCCACAGCUGCGCCAUCAGCUGCCAUAGGAUACACCACAAUUGAUUUCGAUAAAACGGUUGCACUGACAUCUGUAGCUUCUGGAGCAGAUUGUGAUGGAGAUGGUACUCGAAAAACUAGGCAUAAUUCAUGUAAUAUUAUUUGCGGAAGUCCAGCUACUAAUGACAAAAACAAAGUAAAUAGUUAAUUUCAGAGCUCUGCACGAUAUGUUUGAGGUAUAUACUACUAAUUAUGAUAGCAGUAACCAUCAGCAGCAUAUUGAAUUCAAAUUAGUAUCUUAAAGGUAUGCACAAAUUGAUUUAUAGACAUUUACUAUCAGGAUUUUUGUUUUUUUUUGGGAAGACUUACUUUUUUUUUGUAGUGAUACACCUAAUGAAGAUAAUAUUAUAUCUUUUACUAAGUAAAUUAAAGCUGUAACCAUAUGUAUAGUUUAUAACUUUAUAUGUAUAUAGUAAGGAUGCAAAGUAUCCUUGCAUAUUCGUAAAAAUCUAUUAGUGGAGGAAAUUGAAAAUGCCUCAAAAUGUGUAAGGUCGGCCUAAGCAUGACAUUAAACACGCUAUACUAGUAGAUUUAUUAAAAGCUGCAAAAGAGGCUAAAGAGUAAUGAUUAUGAUAUGACAUAACUAAUGAGCUGGCAAAUUGUUAUUCUUAAUUUAAUUCAUGAAUAGUAAUAAAAAAGACAGCAACAUACUGUAGUAAGUAUACAGUGCUUUAUGUAGUUGGAAGUGUGCUCAGCUCUGUGGGUACAUGAAUUAAUUAUUUUGCCUAUUGUAAAACAUAUCUUUAUGGAUUUUCUCAAUUUAUGUACCUAUAAUAAUAUUCUUGCCACAAAAUGAGAUGUCCAAAAUUCCUGACCAUUAGAGAAUUAUACAGCUUGGUUAAUAUUUUCUUGUGGCAAUCCAUCGGUUUUUGUAAAAGAAAAUAAAAAAUAAUGGUUGAAAAUAUUAGCUAAUUUUGUCUAUCAUAAUAUUCCUAUGUAUGUUCUAUUUAUUUGUUAUAUUUAGACUCUACAUGAUCAUUUUUAAAUAUUAUUUUAGGCAGCCUAUAAAUUAUAGAUAAUAUAAUUUAAACUUAAGGUACAUUAUGUAAUGUAUACAUUUAUGAUCAACAAUAAUGUGUUCAGUGUACUCAUUUAUUAGUAGUUCCUGCUUACAAGUAAACAUAUUGCAUUUUAUUGCCAAAGUAAAUUUAUCCAAACAUACUAGUUGUAUCUAGGAAGUUAUUAAUACAAUUAAAUGAUGUGUAUGUGCAAUCUUAGUGACAUAGAUCCAAAACUUGAAUUAUUACAUAGUAAUUAGUAAAUUAAUAAAUAAUCAGAUAUAAAAUAACAGUAUGACAUAGAAUAAACCAAAGCAAACACUUUCAUGUAAAACAAUGUCAUUGUAUAGAUGUAGCAAGUGUCUGUUGUAUUAAUGUUAGACCUCUGUUGUAUUGAUCUCUCUACUUUUUCAAACGCAAGCAAAGAUUUAUCAUGGAUUUAUCAUAUCUAGACCACAGGAAAUUUCGGAUUUAGGGAUGGAUAUUUAAAAAUGAAAACAAAAAUGUGUCACCUAUUUUUAGAGUACAAUAAAGAUUGUAUAAUUACUUAUUUUUUGACGUAUGUAGUGGUGAUAAUGGUCAACAAUGUAUUUAGUGAAUAAUAAAAUGUGCGAUUUGAGAUAAGUGACGAAUUAGUUGUAAUAGUAGGUAGAUUAAGCGCUUUGUAUGUCUAAUUAAAAUGUCGCAAAAGGUUGUAAAUAUUUUGGAAUAAGUAAAAAUAUGUGUCGUAUAGGUAAAUAGUUGUUGAUCGUUGUGUAACGGAACUGGCAGGCCAAUGCUUAAUAAAAAAGGUAAUUACCUAAUUAACAAAGAUUAUUAAAGAUUAAUUUACAUUAGCGCAGAGUUGAAAAGCAUCGAAGUGUCAAUGUGAAAUAUCAACAUAGCAAAACACCCUUAUCUCUGCACUGUAAUGUACAUUUUCUUUUGGGAUAAAACGCACGUUAUGUUAUGUUAUGCACGCUACACACCUUAUGAUUUAACUGUACAGUCCGACUUCGACAACCAGUUAUAAAUUGAACAGUUUUAUUUAUUGUUGAUUCUAUUUAGUUAAAUCUGUACAGUUCAACUAUUUGCUUUACAUAUCUUUGAGUGAAAUUACUAUGUUAACAUUUCAGAUUGAUGAAUUGAUACUAAUAUGAAUUACCUAUUAAAAAUAAAAUGCACUCUAUAAAAAUAAACAAAUAAUGAAAAUCACUAAAAUGAUUUCGAAAGAAAUUUAACCGUUCAAAUUUUGUUCAAUUGGAAACUAGACUGGGAACUUAAUAGUAAGUUUAAAUAACAUUUUUUAAUGAAUGAAGACUGUUUUGUCAGUGUAAUCUACGUCCAUCUGUUGGAGCGAUCUUUUGAUUUUCAAAUGGCCUCUUUAGGGAAUCAGUAAAUCGUUCGUGGAACGGUAAUGGUGAUGUUCUAACGUGUGUUGAAUUAUCAUUGAAUGUAUGUAGUAGUAGAUACUUUGUACCAAAAACAAAAACCAUAUUAUAUUUUGUGGAAGUAGAUUAAAUUAGCAGAUAAGUUGUUAUAGCGCUAAAUAUAAUUUAUUGUCGCUUUUUGUGAAACUGAUCGUUAUCAGUCGUAUAUUGCGGUGCAUGUAGAGAGCCUUUCCAAAUGUCGGUAUUUAGAACGUCUGGCGCACCCUGGACUAUCAACCUUGCCAUAAUAUUGGUUGAUGACCAAUCUCUACACCAUGACAUGAACUGUUCAUGUCUAUGUGUCGCUUUAAAAGUUUAACGAACCAAAGACUUUUAUAUCAGCUAUGUUCAUUUUGUAUUUUUUUUUACUAAGUAUUUGACUGAACUGUUCAAAGAUGGUAAGACAUAAGGAUGAGGAUGUGGUUAGAUUUAAUGUUACUUGAAGUGUGCCAUCUGGGGCCCAAGACUGCAGUUUACAUGUUCGUCAUUCCGACACGCCAAUUGCCAUGGCGGACUGGGCCCUGAAGUAGACAACUAAUAUAAGUGUAGCUAUUAUUAUAUAAAUCAAAAAUAUAUAUUAUUUUAGAGAUGUUGUGUAUUUAAUAUUAUGUUUAGGUAUGGAUGUACCUAGUAAAUUAUAUUGAAAUAUUGAUUUGAAGAUAUAAGAAUCAAAUGUUUAAGAAGAAAUAUAAGUUCUUAUUGAUA